AGAACCUCGGCAGGUCAGGCAGAGAGAAACAGAGUUAACGUCUCCAGUCUACUAGGAAUUUCUUUCAGAACACAUCCAUUUUACUCAUUUUUCCAGAGUCCUGCAAGAUUAUCUUUGCAAGCUUUUUUUUUCUCAUUAAAAAGCGAUCACAUUUAUUUUAAACAAACUGUGCAUUGUACCUUUCAACACGGGGAGUGAACUGGACUGAGUCCCGGGACAGUGACUCAGUGCAGACUGGAGGUGCUCACUGUCAUUAUAACAAAGUAACAGCAGCACAGAAACUGCGCAAUGAUCGUUCUCCUGGUCUUCUACUUUUCUCUGGCCGUUUGGGGACAGGAGCUUUGGAAUUUAAGGGGUGAUGUCGACUACUUGGACCUGGAUUCUCGUUCUGAGUUUCCACGCGUUCCGAGACAGGUCAUCAUGUCGCAGAGAUCGGACAGUAAACCCCACAUGACAGAUUUCAUAGUGAAAUCCACUAUCUUUUCUCGCUAUGCGUUCACAGCUGUUUCCUCCACUAUGGUCAAUCGAGCAUUUCGGCCCAAAGAUGCAGUUUUCCAGAUACAGAUUCCAGCUCGUGCCUUCAUUUCUAAUUUCACAAUGAUAAUUGGCAAAAAAGUACAUCAGAGUAAGGUGAUGACCAAAGCAAAGAAUUCCAAAGACAAAAUAAAAGAACAUUCAGGGAAAAAUAACAAGAACAAUAAGGUGGAAACUUUCACUGUUACUGUAAGUUUGCCUGCAAGGACCAAAGGACUGUUUCUGCUGACUUAUGAAGAGCUGUUGGAGAGACGUCUAGGACAGUACACACAUGUGAUCAGUGUCAGGCCCAUGCGGGUCAUUCUGAAACUCCUGGUGGAGAUCCACUUGACAGAACCUUCUGGGAUCACUUUGCUGGAAGUUGCACUCCUAGGAAACAGCAAGCAGAUCAGUCAAGGCCUUGAAGCCUCACCUCCACCAUCCACCAAAAUCAACCAGACCAGAACAACAGCCCACAUCAAAUUUGCCCCAACAAUUAGCCAGCAAGUUGCAAUAGCUGAGAAUGGAGUUCUGGGCGACUUCAUUAUGAGAUAUGAUGUGAACAGAGAAUUGGGAGUUGGUGAUAUUCAGAUUCAAAAUGGGUAUUUUGUUCAUUACUUUGCACCUAAGGAUCUGCCUCCAGUUCCAAAGAAUGUGGUUUUUGUGAUAGAUACAAGUGCUUCGAUGGCGGGGAGAAAAAUCAGUCAGACUAAAGAUGCCCUCUUCACUAUCCUCAAUGAUCUUCGACCCAUUGACCACUUCAAUAUCAUCAACUUCUCUGGUCGUAUUAAGGUCUGGCAACAUGGAAAACUUGUCCCUGUCACGAGGGAGACUGUAAGGGAUGCCAAGAAGUACAUUUACCUGAUGUCACCUUCAGGAGGAACCAACAUAAAUGAUGCCAUCCAAACUGGAUCUAAAUUGUUGAAAGAUUACAUCGCUCAGCAGGACAAGAGUGUGUGGGCUGUGUCAUUAAUAAUAUUCUUGACAGAUGGACGCCCAACAAUUGCAGAAGUUCAACCUCAUAAAAUCCUAAGCAACACAAGAAAGGCCGCUGAAAAGAAGUUCUGCAUCUUCACCUUGGGAAUAGGAAGAGAUGUGGACUACAGGCUCCUUCAGCGAAUGUCACUGGAGAACUGUGGAGUAAUGCGAAGGAUCAAUGAGGACUCAGAUGCCAGCAUCCUACUUAAAGGUUUUUUUGAUGAAAUAGGGACUCCACUCCUCUCAGACAUUCGUGUUGAUUAUUCGGAAGAUUCAGUGGAGUAUGUUACGCAAAAUUUCUUCCCAAACUAUUUCAAUGGAUCCGAACUCAUAAUAGCAGGGAAACUGACAGACAACACAAGUGAUAAUCUUCAUGUCCAAGUUGCUGCAAGCACAAGUGACAAACACCUCAUGCUGGAGGCAGACGUGAAAAUUAAUGACACAAGGAGAAGUUCGAAUGAUUUCAAGGCUAGAUCCAAAGAUUCUAAGUUCAUCCAAAGGGCAUGGGGCUACUUAGCAAUAAAAGAUCUGCUGAGAUUGCAACUGAAGAGCAGCAAUAGCAAAGUGAAGGAAAUUCUUUCAGAGAAAGCAAAAAAUCUUUCGUUGGAAUACAAUUUUAUCACACCCGUCACUUCACUUCGUGUAAAGAGUUCAGAUGAACAAAGCAGUGGAUCCACACAGAGUGUGGUAAAUGAGUCUGAAGUGAAUGAUGAGAGAGCACAGAGUUUACAGAGAAUAACUAAACCAGAGAGCACCUCCUUAAGAAAGAAAAAGAAAACAGUAAUGGUUUCAAAGACAUCAGCUGAUGGAGAUCCACAUUUUGUUGUUGACUUCCCCUUGGGCAAGUUUUCCAUCUGCUUUAACAUAGAUGGUGAGCCUGGUAACAUAAUGAGAUUGGUGUCUGAUCACGAAGGUUCCGGAGUGACGGUUAAUGGUCAGUUGAUUGGAGCUCCAGCACCUCCAAAUGGGCACAAGAAGCAACGCACCUAUUUCAGUGCCAUUACUAUCAUUGUCAGUAAACCGGCCCGCUCCUACAUUGAAAUCACACCUCACAAGGUUAUCUUCGACAGCCGAGAUAGAUUUAUCUUAUCUUGUGAUAAAACCAUAGAGGUAGAGAGUGAAGGCCUGAUGGUUUCUGUCGCUGCCAAAUCGAAAGUCACAGUGACAAUACAAGAAUACAUCUCCUUUCUCAUCUUGGUCCAUCAGUACAAGAAUCCAGCGCCAUAUCAGAGAGAUCACCUGGGAUUCUAUAUUCUCACCAGUAAGGGACUAUCCUCCAGUGUUCACGGACUCUUAGGUAAACAGCCUAUUCUCUUUAAGUGA